GUGACCCGUUUGGUCGAAUGAGAUUUUAAAAAUAAGUGCGCGCUCCUGGUCCAAGCGAAAGAGCCGGGGGAGGUGAUAACCUGCUUCACCGUUAACAGUCUCGCUCCGCGCUAUUAAUAAAUACCGUGAAAACAGAAGAAUGUCUGAAGAAAAGCCAAAGGAAGGAGUGAAGACAGAGAACGACCACAUCAACCUCAAGGUAGCUGGUCAGGACGGCUCAGUCGUACAGUUUAAAAUCAAAAGGCACACUCCACUCAGCAAACUAAUGAAGGCAUACUGCGAAAGACAGGGAUUGUCAAUUCGGCAGAUACGGUUUAGGUUCGAUGGACAGCCAAUCAAUGAAACAGACACACCUGCACAGCUGGAGAUGGAGGAUGAGGACACUAUUGAUGUAUUUCAGCAACAGACAGGAGGUGUCUAUUCUUAAGGUGGACAUGUACUGUACCCCGGAGGAAUAUUCACUUUAUUUUAUUUUAUUUUUUUUUUACUUUUUGCUUGGCCAAAUGUCAGGCUCACCACAAGAUAAGGGCAAGUGUUUUUUUAAGGAAAGUCCUUAUUUUGAGAUGCAGACUGACUUUUUGUUUUGUUUUCUCACAAUUGCAUGAUUUGACAUAACCCUGUGUAAUGGCACAUCUCAAACCAGGUAUGGAUUGUAAUAGAAAUAAAACCUGUUUUUUUGAUAUUAAGAUGACACCCAGUGUGUCUCAAGUGAUAAGCUCUGAAGUACAUGCCAAAAUCCUUUCUCUUUUUGUCUGUCUUAGUUUUCCAACAAACAUUCAAAUUCGGGAUCAGCAAUUUAAUUCAUGACCUUGAUAGGAUUGCUUUGGAUGAGAACUGCUAGAUCGGAGCCACUGGUAAAUAUUUGGGGAAAGACGUCGUAUACGUAUUUCUUGUGUAAUAACCUUUUUAGUAGCUUUUUAAAGAAAUAUAAUUUCAUGUAUUCAUGCUGAUUUUAUUCUCUACAAUUGUUGAGGAAAUGUUUGUGCUGAGAAAGAUCAGUGUGAAUGGUUUACCUCAACACAGAUUUAACGGAGUGGUUAAUAAAGUAUGUUAAAUAAAUAGUGUUCUUUUAUGCAAGAUUUUGGUAAACACAAGAUGUAAAUGUAAAAGGUUACUGUGACUGUGUAACAGUGGUCUUUUCCCACAUUUUCAGGAUAUUAAAGUAUACAGUAAAGUUCA